UUUAAGGAUUCGUAUGUUUGCUUCGGUUCACACAACGAGUUUUGGCUUCCUGGGGGAUUUUAGAAAGGUGAAGCGGAGACUCGUUUGAGGAGGCUGCCUAGCUAAGGAUGAAAGUGAACAUGCCAACAGUAGCAUUCAAAGGCAGCUACAUCGUAAAGCCUUCUGAACCAACGUGGAUUGGAAGCAUGGGCUUGUCUGAAUGGGAUCAAACAAGCUGCUUGACUCACGUUCCCGUCAUCUACUUCUACCGACCACCAAGCUCCUGGCUUUCGCCGCCAACCGCCAUUGCCGACACCUUGAAACACUCUUUAAGCCGAGCCUUGGUGCCGUUUUAUCCCUUGGCCGGUCGUUUGCAGUGGAUCGGCCACGGACGACUUCUGCUUCACUGCAACGCAGCGGGGGCUCGGUUCAUCGAAGCCGAGUGCGAUUCAAAUUUGGACGACCUUGUUGACUCGUCCCUGUCCUUUCAGCCCAGUGAGCUUCACCCCUCCGUAGAUUACAGCCUCCCAAUUGAUGAGCUUCCUCUGUGUUUGGUUCAGCUCACCAGGUUUAAGUGCGGUGGCCUCAGCAUAAGUAUAGCAAUUUCUCACGCAGUCGUUGAUGGACCAGCUGCAUUUCACUUCAUCUCUGAAUGGGCAAGGCUAGCAAGAGACGAGCCUCUACAAGUAACCCCAUUUCUUGACCGGAGUGUGUUUCGAGCUGCACAGCCGCCUUUAGCACGGGCGCCACCGAGCCUGGACGAUUACCCGCAGUAUGGGAGGCUACCGUUAUUAGUUGGACAGUGGGACAAUUUAGAGGAAAGAGAGAAGAAAACCACAAAGGCAAUGUUGAAGAUCAGCAAGUCUCAGAUGGAGCAGCUGAAAAAGAUGGGUGGUGGGUUCUCUCGGUACGAGACUAUAUCUGGACAUAUGUGGAGAACCGCGUGCAAGGCAAGAGGACUCAAAAUGGAACAACCAACAUCAUUAGUUAUUGUCGUCGAUUCGAGGAGCCGCAUGAGGCCUCAACUACCAAGAGAGUUCUUUGGCACUGCAACUUUUGAUGUGAUAGCUCAAAGCGUGGUGGGCGAUCUCUUGUCAAAACCAUUAGGAUUCGCUGCAAGGAAAGUAAGAGAAGCAGUUCAGAAGGUGACGGAUGAGUAUGUACGGUCUGGCAUAGAGCUGUUAAAAAGCCAAAAGGACCUCACAAAGUUUCAAGAUAUCCACAAAGAAGGGCCACCCUUCCUUGGAAACCCUAAUUUUGAGGUAGUAAGUUGGCUGACACUGCCCAUAGAUGGGUUUGACUUUGGGUGGGGAAAGGAGGUAUCCAUGGGGCUAGGAUCUCAUAUGCUAGACGGCAAUUCCGUGCUUCUUCCAAGCCCUGAAGGGGAUGGUUCUGUUGUGGUUGCUUUGUGCUUCCAGGUGGAUCAUAUGGACGCGUUUAAGAAACACUUUUAUGAGGACAUGAUCUGAUCGAUCUUCAUGACCACCACAGUAUAAUUGCAGAAAAGCAAACAAUUGGAUCACGUUCAGCGUUUAUGAACCUGCGCAUUCAAAUGAUUGUCGUAGAAAAUUAAGGAAUGUGUUUGUUUGUGGGUAAAACGUACGUAUGAAGUUGGUUGAUUAAUAAGCAUGCCUAAGCUUUUACUAA